AUGUAUGGUGCCCUGGUUGCUGGCCUUGAUGCGGGGCUCACCUAUAAUUCCUGGCCUAAAAUGGCCGGAUCUUGGAUCCCCGAAGAUCUGAUUUUACCUCGCUACGGGUCCACUUUGAGAAAUCUGCUAGAAAAUCCUACAGCUGUUCAGUUCACGCAUCGAAUGCUAGCUUAUGGUACAGUAGGCAUGUCUACAGCCCUCUGGGCCAGUACGAUGCUAGCUGGUCUUGGGCAAACUGGCCUACGUGCCCGUUAUGCUGCCCAUGCGGUGCUUGCUUGUGCUGUCGGACAAACAGGCCUUGGAAUCAUUGCUCUUCUGAUGUACGUUCCAACUCAUGUGGCCACCGCACACCAGGCUGGUAGCCUAGUUUUGCUGUCUUCAAUUAUUUGGCUCUCUCACAUACUUCGUUCUGUUCCUAAAUAA